GGAGUGGAUAAACUGAAUCUCUACGUGCAGUUUCGUGAUGAAAAUUGUAUAAAUCUUGUUUUCUUAAUAAAUAAACUACUAUUAUUAAUCGUUACUAUUACACAAACAACAAUCCCCUAAUGCAAAAAGAAAAAGAAAAACACACAUUGGUUCAUGUAAUUUUCACAAUCUAUUUACUCAACUUUUACCAUAACACUUCUCUCAAAUGUAAAAAUAUAAAAAGCCUCAAGAAAGUGUUGGACAAUGGUCGUCUAUAAUUUAUAUAUCUAAACACCGUCACACUUGCUGUUGUUGUGUAGAACACUCUCUCUCUCGCGCUCUCCUCAAACACACCGUUCUUUUUACUUAAAGAUUCUCUCUCUCCCUCUCGCAAUAGAUCUCUGAAAAACCAACACAGUCAUGUCGGUUAUACUUACUCUAUGUCUGGUUCUCUCCAUGAUUACCUACUCAAAUGCGGCGUAUUGUGUGUGCAAAGACGGGAACGAGCAAGUGCUUCAGAAGGCAAUAGACUUUGCUUGUGGAGCUGGAGCUGACUGUACUCAGAUCCAGCAAAACGGAGCUUGUUACCAACCUAACACUGUCAAAAACCACUGUGAUGUUGCUGUCAACAGUUACUACCAGAAGAAAGCUUCCUCCGGUGCCACCUGUGACUUUAACGGCGCCGCCGUCAUCUCUAGCUCCCCUCCGUCAACGGCUUCAAGCUGUUUAAGUGGUUCCAGCUCAAGUGGGACCCCGUCCACUGGAACCCCAACUAGUGGGACCCCGUCCACUGGGACACCAACCAGUGGCUUCCCAUCCACCGGGACUCCGUCAACAGGGAACCCCACCUCCGGGAUGCCCACCACAGGGACUCCAUCUACUUCCACUUCCACAGGGAUGCCAACUUCUUCCUCAUCUUCAGUGUUCCCGGGUACUACUCUUGGACCGGUUGGGAGCGGCGGGCUAGGUGAUCCGAGCGCUGGAGUGAAGUUGUCAGACCGAACUAACACGGUGUUGUUAUUACUAGCCGUUGUUGUUAUGCUUGUCAUGAGGGGUUAGGAGAUCAUCAUUUCAGACACUUGUGUGUUGCAAUGGAUGAGCUUUGAUUCUGGCAACCGGUUUAUGGGUUGGCCGAGAGACAUCAUUAUGCUUGGUUUAGUAGCUAGUAAUUUUGGGAUGUACAAGUUAAGAUCAAGACCCCUUUUUAAUUAUUAUUUUUUUUGUAAAUCCGGAGGACGAGAUGCUCUUUUGUUUCUUUUCUUUGUAUCCUUUUGUUUCUUUGAAUCUUGCAUCUUUUAAUACGUACAGUCUCCAUUUUAUUAAUAUGGCAUGGGUUUGGA